UCUAAAGCCUAGGACUGGGCCUCCCCAGAAUACCGCUGCUACCCCAAAUACUGGUGUAAAUAAAACGUCAAAGCAAGUCUCCACAUCAAAGACGAACCAUGCUACGAAAGAGGAGCUCCGUCUGAAUCCCAGUGUUAGCCAGCAAGUAAUAGUCUUUGACAAAGAGGGCCCCGGAACCUGGAAAAAAAAUCAGAGUCAGAAACAGGCCCGACUACUCAACCACUUGAAGAGGCUCUUUCCACCCAGGGAAAAGUCGUCGGACAAGGACAAGGAACAACAAGAAGAUCUUCAUGACCAAGAAGAUUAUAAAGGACCUGCAUCUACUCCUGUCGUUUCGGGAUCGCCGCCUUGCCCGCUUUCCCUUCGAGGGCAGAAGGAGAGGACACCCACUGAGUGUGACAUGGAGGAGCUUGGUCCAUCCUCUUCUGCCGAUGGACCAGUUGUAGCGGAAGCUUCAUCUUCUAUCGACGAAGGGGCCCAGAAAGAAACUGAAAACUCGGCUCCUCAAGCAGGUGGUCGUGUAGAAGUAGUACUAGCUAAAGACAAACAGGAAAAAGAGGAAGAGCAUAUUGAUAUUCAGGCAGAAAGAAGUGACAAAAGUAGAGGCGACUCGGCUAGAAAAUCCACCUCGUGGGCAGCAAUGACCUUAGAUGAGGAAGAGGGGGAGGGCAGAAAUGAAAAUUUUGAGGAGUUGUCUAGUAGUAAAGGACAAGAUACUAUUAGAAGUACUAGUCCCCGCGAAAAAGGAGAGGUGGAUGUUGUCGUAGAAACCCCUCCUAAACAGGAGGUGGCAAAGCCUAGUACAACAGGCGAUGGCGCAACUGCAGAAGAGUCGUCCUCGUCGGAGGAUAAGGGGAAUCCUACUACAUCGGAGGAGGUUAACGAAGUGCUGAAAGAAGUGAAUAUAUUCGAAGAUACAGGUCCAACUGAAGCUGCGAAGUCUGCGACUACGAGUCCCACUGUAGACCCCUGUCGUGGUGAAGAUGAAAACGGAAAGAACGAUCAUGAUGAGCCUGAAGUGGUGCAGGAAGCUAGUAAAGCUAAAGUACAGGAAGGCCAGGAGCAAAAAGAUGUUAACAACUCUCUACUUGCUAAAGAAUGCGCGUCGAAGUCGACGAGCGCACAGUUGGGAAAAUCUCCCAGACCAAAGGUGGUCGUUUUCGUUGAGCAGCCACGUGAUGCGAUGGCUUUGGCAUGGCGACUGACAGAGGGCGGCUACAAAGUAGCCGACAUCCAUCGGACGCGUGCUGAUCGACACCAGUUAAUCACACAGUUCAAGAAUGGGAAGCUGGAUAUCUUGGUGACAACGACCACAGAGGACUUGGGUGACUGCUCCGUGACUGACACGGUCCUUUUCGAACUCGGACCUUUGAUGGAGGUAUCAUCAACUGCACACUAAAAAAAUCUGGUAUGUGAUUGUGAUACGUGAUACUACUUUGAGAAUAUUGAAAUUCAUCUACAAUGAAUGUGUUUCUUUGUGCAUAAGGAACUGGUAACCACAAUCCACGCAUCUGUUUCUGAUAUUCAACUCCCCAGAAUGUCAAUUACACACAGGAGUACAUCAAACGAGUGAAUCGCGCGGCAAGCAACCCCUCUGGAAGAGGCCAUGCUCUCGUGUUUUUCGAGUACUCUGACGUGCUACCUGAUCACGCGAGACGAUUAAUCAAAGUGCUGGAGGAAGCCCAGGCAAGUGAGGGCUUUGUCGUUCCUACACCAAGUGAAGAGGGCUUUGUCGUUUCUGCUGUCGUUCCUGCUGAGUUGUAUACUAUGAGUGGAGAACAAGAACAUCAAUAACUUCUAGAGUUUAUUUACUUUUCUCAACUAUUAACUUGUAGUUCGUUGUACGUGGAGGUGAGGUCCGUCUCUUCCCAUGUUUGUUCUCCGUGAGUGAUUAAUAUUGACGUCCUCUGCCUUCAUUUAUUUGAAGACCUCGUCUUUACUCGUGGUAAACGACGCCGCGUUGUCUCUUCUAACGGUCGAAUCGCGGACGAAGUCAAGGCUGGAAAACGCGUGGCGCGAAACAAGCAUCUACGGAAUAGUAGUGAGGAAUUCACCUACAGUACGGAAUUCAACUACAGUACGAAAAAAUUCAACAGUACUAGUACGGAGGAGGUCACUAGUUGUCGUGCGGGUCGUGCGGGCGUCGCCGUUAGCAGUGCUGGCGGCAGCAGCGCACUUACAGUCGAGGCUCAGGCUGUCAGUGAGACCCAGACGACCCAACGGACGCACAACAAUUUCAAGGUGAAACCAUUGUUCCAGUUCAAUACAAACAAGAAGCCGCUACUACAGCUGCCAGAAGAUGGGGCAAGCACAUCCGACAGUUUUUUUGUGAGUCCGUAUAGCUACAACGGCCAGUGGAGCAAUAGAGGACCUGACACGACCGCAUCGACAUCGCAUGUAGUAUUAAGGCUCAAUACAAUUCCACAUAAUUCCUGCUGCAAGCCAUUGCUCCUUAUUUCCUUCCUCGUAGGAUAAUCGGGAGAAAUGUAGAAAAAAUGUACGCAAGAAAUGACCUCGUCACGCAGUUGUUGCGCUCUAAUAUUACCGCCACCACCUCCCCCACCCGCUCCAAUUCCAGUGGCAUGUCCGGUUGUGGUCCUAGAUCAACAUCCACUUAGAUCUGGGUCAAAGCGAAGUCGGAAAAAUAAUACGUUCCAAACCCAACAUUUAUGAAGCAUAGCUUAAAGGUGUUCUUGUUGCCGUUCGUGGCUUUGCCUUCCUGAAGGGGGCAAGGCGUAACGAAUGGGAUAUACGAACACCAAAAGCCUACCCCUAAACUUAAUGAACAAGAAUGCUUCCUCAUCAACAGCGGCGCCAGUGCAUAUGUCACCUUUGUCGAACAACAUCAUGAGCACGACUUCUGCGCUCAACAUCAUGAGUACCAGCACUUCUGCGCUCAACUCUGCGCUCAACAACAACGCUUCCUCGUCAACUACGGCUGCACAGCUACAGGCAAUACCUAAUGGCAGCCAGGAGGGACAAGGACAAGGAACUGCCGUAGCUACCCCAAGCGGAACAACUCCUGUCGUGGCUGGUGUACCCGCUUCCUCUACAACAGGUACACACGUAGCGACGUCAUCCUCCUCUUAUAGCUGUGUACCACCUGAAGAGGUCGUGACCGCCAGCACUAGUAGUGCUGCGAACAAUAUUAAUGUCGAGAUGCUCGUUGGAAACGACAACACUAACAAGAACAACAAAGUAAUCCCUGUACGUCCAAAUCCAUACAAUUUAGGCUGCCCAAGUUCAUCGUCUAACGGAGUGGGACCAGCGGCGACGGCGUCGCCCCAUUUUUUCUCACCAAAUGCUGCAACUAUGGUAGCAGGCCAACCUAACGGAGUUGUAGGACCAGCUGCAACUAUGGCAGCAGGCCCGCGUGGUGGAGGUCACAAUAGUUAUGGUCACAACAUUUUUUGAGUGUCCAUCAUUCUCGGCAUCUUGGUCCCCUUUUUCCUUGUAUUCUCGUGAAAUACAAAGCAAAGAAAGGGGUCAAGAUGAGGGGAGGACCGAGAAGAGGCAUUCUAGCACACGCUAAAACAGAAGAAAUCGACGUAAAGGUGGGACGAAGAUGGGCGCCGACUUUCAUAUGUGUGGGCACCAGCACGGAAUGGGAAAGGAACAUCACCAUCAACAGGACCACGGAAUGGGGACGAACGGCCAACGUCACAACCUCAUGUCCCCUCCACACGAAAUCGUGGCUAUGUAUGAACAAGGCCUACUAGGUCAUCCACAAGGGCAUCCACAAGGUCUAGGUCAUCCUUCUCGCAGUACUCCUG